UGCUGGGGUGCGAUCUCACAUGGAGGGACAUGUGGGAGGGCGUCUCAAGGACUUGAAGGACCCGGGAGAGGGGUCUGGGGACGGGAGGAGUGUCGGCCAAUCUUGCAUGUGUGGCCCUCGUCAGCAGCCGCUCAGGCAUGGGGGUGAAGCGGAGCCUCCAGAGCGGGGGCACCUUGCUGGGCUUCUUGGCCAAAAUCCUCACGAUUUUCUCCACUACCACCAACUACUGGAUCUGCUACCCUGGGGGCCACAGUGGCUUGUGGCAGGAGUGUAAUGGUGGCACCUGCUCCAACAUCCCCUGCCAGACCACGCUGGCGGUGACGGGGGCGUGCAUGGUGCUGGCGGCAUUGUGGUUGGUGAUGGGGCUGAGGAUCCUGUGCCACGAGGGCGACUCGCGGGGCCAGACUACGAGCGGCAUCUUCUUCCUCUACGGCCUGCUGCUGCUGAUCGCUUUGACAGGCUACACAGUGAGGAACGCGUGGAAGAACGACGACUUCUUCUCGUGGUCCUGUUUUUCGGGGUGGCUGGCUUUACCCUUCUCUAUUCUUGCGGGUAACCUGGACAGCGGGAAGAGGGUGGAGGAGACUGCCCGGAGGAACCCCCCAUCCCCGCAGACUCCCAGCCGCCCUCCCAGGGACUCCUCACCAAACUCCGCUCCCGACUCCCGCAGACCCGGCAGGAGCACCCUUGGGGAUCCAAGCCCCGGUCCCCGGGGCGCUCCCGGCCAUCUGCCCCAGGACAAACCGUCCCCCAGUCUUCUGCCCUCCGCUCCCCUCCCGCCGGGCUUCUGCUUUCUGCUGGCGGACAGGGUCGUGCAGAGCACGGAUGCCCUCAGUGGAUUCCCCGUGUGCUUGUGACCGCAGCCUGCCUGGGGCAGAAUAAAGGAACGGCUUUCACC